UUUUCAUGUUUCUAACCUCAUCAUCAUCGUGAGUUGUCAUAAUAUUUUGUCUACAUAACAUUUUUUUUUAUGAAUACUUCUGCAGAAGACGAAAAUAUUUAGAUAUAUUCAAACAUUAACUAAUGGAAGCUUUGUAAAUUCUGCAAAAAUUGAUACUUUGAAAAAGGAACUACUAUUCUAAAAAAAAAUAAUAUUCAGUUUGUUCCUAGGAGUAGAAAUAUGCCUGCCUUCUUGCGAUUUUGUACAAAAUCAGAUUUAAGUGGAUACACCCUAAUUAUACCAAGUGUCUCUGUAGGAAAUGUUCCACAGUUAACAGUAGAUCUACUGAUAACUACCUACAAUUUCAAAAAGUGUGCAACAAUUUGGCAUUCUGCGAUAGUACCCUCCGUUGGAAGUAACCCUUAUGACUCUAAGUGUUCAGAUUUGUGCACUGCAUGUGAAAUAUAUUCCAACGAAGACUUGAAACUUGCUGCUCUUCAAAUACGCUCUACGAUUGACUAUCGAAUAGCAUCUAGGUUUUUUCUGGAUUUAAAAGAAAAGCUACAAACUCUAUUUAUUAAGAAUGUAACUAUAUUGUCAGGCAUGUUCGAUUAUGAACAACAUAUUGUUACUAAAAACAAAUUUUACUAUAUAAGUGCUGGUGAAGAUGAACGUUUAGUGCAGUGCAACAACAUAACUUUGUUAGAACGUGUCAUCAAUGGAAAGUAUAAUUCUAAUGGUUCAGGGUUUGCCUUCAAAUUGUACGAGACACUGUCCACUGAUUUUAGGUGCACCGUACUUGGGAAGUAUAUUUCAGAAGGUGACAAUAGACCAGAUGCUUGUAUGUUCUUGGAAAAAUUAGUUUAUAUUUUGGACCUAAAUAGUGCCAUGGAUCUUAUAAUUCCCAGUUCCUGGAAUUUUGUUUUUGGUGCACCACCUCCUAUUGAAAUAUAUUAGAAUAAUUUUAAAUUAUGUGUUUAUUAUUCAGGUACAUAUCCCAAUCGUUAAGUAAUUAGAUUGAAAAUAUAUUAACAUUCAUUGAUGGUGUUUAGUUUUAAACAAAUCCUUAAGUUAAGUGAUUAACACUAAGAAAGUUGUUAGUAGUAUAAUGAAGAUGAUGGUCACAAAUCUACAAAAUGAAUAGUUUUAGUUCUUAAGGUUUUUAUAAUUGCCAUUAAUAAGAUACAUACCCUAGUGUGAAAAUAAUCAGUAAUUGAACUCUGAAGUUAUAUUCUUUUAUCAUAAUCAGAUGGUGUCAAGAUUAUUAUAUUCUUUUUGACAGCUCUCUUACUAAUUUGUAGGAUUCGACAGUUCAAUAUGAGAUUUGAACUAUUUUUUGGGGUUAAUAAGUGGAAUGAUUUUGUGUUCCUUACAGCUUAUGAAACUUCCUAAAUAAAAAUUAAUGUGAAAAUUCUGUAAUAAUUAUCAUGGAUAGUGUUAUAAAUUUCCAACGAGUGUAUUCAUAAAUUUAUAUAAGAACCUAAUAAAGUACAGUAUAAAGAA